AUGUCAGAUAACGAUAAAACACCUGAUAAUUCUGUUGGUAAUAAUACCGCAUCAUCAACUGCCGGGGAAAAUGAAGAUGAUUUUAUAAGGCUUCGCGUUAUGGGACAAGCUUCUAAUGAAGUUCACUUUAAAGUUAAGAAAACAACAACUAUGUCUAAAUUAAAAAAAACAUACGCCGAUCGUAUGGGUGUUAGUCCUAACAGUUUACGUUUUUUGUUUGAUGGAAAACGUAUCGAGAAUACGGACACUCCAAAAUCUUUAGAGAUGGAUCAGGAUGAUGUUAUUGAAGUUUAUACCGAGCAAGUCGGAGGGUUCUGCUGA